CAAAAUCUAUAAUUGCUCUGGACGUCAGUUUAGGAUCUUUGACAUCAGAUAGGAGUAGGGACCAAGACAGUUUUUUAAAGCCCUACAACUUUAAAAGCUUUUCAAUCAAUCUAUAUAUGUAACUGGAUAUUCUAGACUGUUUUCGAAGACAAGAUCAUCUCUCUAUCUGUCUCUCUCUAGCGUGCCUUAACUGGUGAAACCGUUGGGAAGCAGGUAAUUCCAAUACUCUUGAUUUGUAUAAAUUGCAGAUAUUCCAUGCCCCUUUUGAUUGCUUUCAAAGGAUGAUUAUGCGGGAAGAAAAGCCGCCCCAAAAGCCUUCUUCAUGUCCCCAAGUGUGAGUUGUGACCCUGAGGCCCAAAUGAAGCUCUCCGACCAUCUCUCCAACCAAUCCUCCGGGCAAGCCAUUGCAGGAGCUAUAGAAGAGAAAGCAGAUGAUGGUACGUCAAAGGAGUUAAAUCCAGAUGUAACCAAUGACGAGGGCUCUCCUCGGGCGGUCUUAGAAGGUUCUGUUUUGGCGCUCUGCUCUGAUAGCAGCAGUAGCAGCAGCAUCGGUAGCAGUAGCAGCCCUUCUUCUGUAGAGAAACCGAACAGCGUUGAUGGGUCACAGUGGAGAACUCUGCUUCAUAUCCUGAAAGCUAAAUCCAUAAGAAGGCUCUCAACGUUUCCACCCAUCGGACACUCUGGUUUGGGAAAGAAGAGUACUCGCAGGCUAGUGGCUCGGCCACGCUCGUUUGAAGAAGAUGACGCAGGUCUUUUUGGGGGAUUCCCAACUUCAAAGCCAUUGUGGAGGAGCUUUGGCUAUGAUGAGCUUGCUUGUGCUACUGACUACUUCAGUACAGAGAGAUUGAUUGGAAAAGGGGGCCAUGCUGAAGUUUAUAGAGGCCAUCUGCCUGAUGGUGAACUUGUUGCCAUCAAGAAGUUAACAAAAGGGAAAACAGAGGAAGAUAGGAUAGGGGAUUUCUUGUCUGAACUUGGAAUUAUUGCUCAUAUAAACCAUCCAAAUGCUGCUCGCUUGAUUGGGUUUGGAGUUGAAGGUGGUCUUCAUCUGGUUCUCCAAUUUUCUCCUCAUGGCAGCUUAGCAUCAGUUCUUCAUGGGUCAAAAGCAAAGUUGGAAUGGGGGGUUCGGUACAAGGUUGCUUUGGGGACAGCAGAAGGGCUAAGGUAUCUCCAUGGAGGCUGCCCAAGAAGGAUAGUUCACAGGGACAUCAAAGCAUCUAAUAUCUUACUCACAGAGGAUUACCAACCUCAGAUAUCUGACUUUGGGCUAGCAAAAUGGCUACCUGAUCAAUGGACACACCAUAUAGUGUCACCUGUUGAAGGCACAUUUGGGUACUUGGCACCAGAGUACUUCAUGCAUGGAAUCGUUGAUGAGAAAAUUGAUGUGUUUGCUUUCGGAGUUCUGCUCCUGGAGCUCAUCACCGGCCGGCGAGCUGUUGAUUCUUGCCGGCAAAGCCUUCUCAUGUGGGCAAAGCCACUGAUUGAGAGUAAAAAUGUGAAAGAACUGGUGGAUCCGAGCCUUCAGGACAACUAUGAUCACUGUGAGAUGAACUGGGUUAUGUUGACGGCGUCCUUGUGCGUCCAUCACUUGGCCGCAGCAAGGCCGACUAUGAGUCAGGUUGUAAGGCUUCUAAAGGGAGAAAGUGCAGUCAUGGAGGCAACGGGGAAGGAACAGCUUAGGACUCAGGGUGGUGGUGGUGGACUCCAGCUGCUGGAUGCUUUGGACGUAGAAGAAUACACAACAUCCAGAUAUCUCAACGACCUCAAUCGUCAUAGACAACUUGCCUUAGAAUUCUAGGGUGUGUUUGAUUGCCUUUGAUCUUAGAUCCUUAGAAUUUGAAAUCCAUGGACUCAUGACGAGACCUUCCUGCCUCUAACCUUAGAUGAGAGCUUUAAUCUAAGGCGUGGAAUUUAGGUCUGACUUAAGAUCCUUAGAUUGGUGAACCAUGGAUCUCUUGCGGGGAUUAUGUUCCACCAGAUUUUGAAUCUUAGAUCUAUGGCAGUCAAACACAUUCUUAGGGUUCCCUGUCCCUUUUUUUGUUUUGGGAUUAUAUAUGCGUGGGCUGUGUGGAAUCCUGUAAAUAACAAAUAGAAGUCGGCCAACUCGUGUUCCAAGCACCAAUCUUGGUGCGUAGUUCAAGUUCUUUAAGUUGAAGGUGGUCAGGUGUCGUUUGGCACGAUCUUGUGGGUUUUGCCUAACCCUAGUUUGUCAAUCUGAAAAAGGAGAACAACAGAAAGAAAAAAAAAAGGAAAAGAUUCACAAAUUAA